AUGGCUCUCAAGCAGCCUGAUAUAUGGACGUACCUCAAAGACUUAGCACCACCGAUACGCGCAAAAGUGUAUGCUCAGCCGGCCAGUGCAUUGGCUGUCCUGAGGUUGAUGCCUGAACCUUCCCGACAUUUGAUUCUCAGGCUACUCUACGCUGCAUCCCCCAUACCUGCCAAGCUCGCCACAAACUGGUUUUACGACGGAUCCAUGAACAAACUGAAAGAUGCCAUCAAAACAUUACGCAAUCUAUACAUCCUUGUAGACCCACCAUCACAAGGACCUGCUCCUGGUGGCAAAGCGCCGGAACUCAAGCUCAAGUUGAAUGAGACCUUCCAGCUCAAUCUGCAUAGGGCUCUGACUUUGUCAGGAGAUACGAACUCGUUUGGAAAGCCACCGGAUACGCCUGAUAAACAUGCAACAUCGAUCUUGUCGUUGGAUGAGUACUCUAACAAGCAAUGGGAGGCAAGUGCAUUUGAUACAGGAAUAUUUCCAACUAUUGCUCAUACCGCUUUUUAUGAAGACAAUGGUAACGGCCUGGAAAUGUUGAUGGUCAAGAGUGGUCUGAUGGUGAAAAGUUAUAAUGGCACUCAUAUCACAAACAAGGGAUUCGCCUUCUUGCUACAGGAUUUGCAUACGCAAGUUUGGUCCUUUCUUGUUCACUAUCUGGAAAUGUGUGAGGAUUUGAAAAUGGAUGCUGUUCAAGUGCUGCACCUCAUCUUCACAUUCGCAAGUCUGAAAUUGGGCCAGGAUUACGCUGUAGACUGUUUGACAAUAGACCAAACUAUGGCCCUCCAAGAUUUCAAGCCACUGGGCCUAGUGUAUCAACGCAAGAAGGGAUCUGCAAGAUUCUAUCCAACUCGAAUGGCAACGACUCUUAUCUCUGGCUGCAGGAUAACAGACAAGCCACCAAGCGAUUCUGGUUUCAUCAUGCUGGAAACCAAUUAUCGUGUCUAUGCAUAUACAAGUUCACCCCUCCAAAUAUCAGUUCUCGGCUUGUUUGUGCAAAUGCGAGCACGAUUCUCGAAUAUGGUGGUCGGGCUCAUUACAAGGGAUAGUGUUCGAAAAGCUCUUUAUAAUGGAAUUACUGCCAACCAAAUCAUCUCGUAUCUUCACACUCAUGCGCAUCCUGAGAUGGCCAAGCAGACACCAGUACUACCUCCAACAGUCGUGGAUCAGAUAAGACUAUGGGAAAUGGAACGUAAUCGUCUCAAAUUCUUCAGAGGCUAUUUGUACCAAAACUUUUCAUCGCCUGAAGACUGGAAGAAGGGAUUCGUGUACGCCACUGAGGUUGGAGCUUUGAUAUGGAGCAAUGAACAGGCACGACAAUUCUUUGUUACUGAAGAAGGACAUCCAUUGGUCAAAACAUUUGUUGGAAGCCUUCGUCGUGGCGUGUAA